UCGCCCGCUGCGGGGACACCCACCUCGUCGCAUCCCUGCUCCGCCGGGCCGAGCCCCAAGUAUCGCGGGAGCCGGGCGCUGCCUGCGCCGCCGCAGCUAUCGGCGGAGGAGAGGCAGCGGCUGGCGGGCGGGCAGCGAGCCGGCGAAGCGGAGCGGCGUCCCGGGGCUGCCGUCCCGCUCUCCGCCUGGGCUCGGCGGCCAUGAGGAGGAGGAGGGCGGCGGCGCCGCGCUCUGCCCCGGGCGGGCGGCGGCGCUGCUGAGCGCGAGGCGCUGCGGUGGUGCUCGGCGUCCCGCCGCAGGCGCUGGGGCAGCCGUCCAGCGGUCUGGUGCUGAGGCACUGCUUUGGAGGCAUGGCUGAGGCUGAGCUCCCACUCUUCCCGUGGAAUGCAGCUCAUAACGUGGGAUGCUUGUCUUUGCUUCCACGUUGGAUUUUAACUGUGGGAGUUUGAUACCAUCUCAGCAGCUGCUGUCUUUCCUCAGCGUUGGAGCUAGAAACUGAGUAAAGCAAUGAGGAGAUUUGUUUACUGCAAGGUGGUUCUGGCCACUUCUCUCAUGUGGGUGCUUGUGGACGUCUUUUUACUUCUGUACUUUAGUGAAUGUAAUAAAUGUGAUGACAAGAAGGAGAGAUCUCUGCUGCCCGCUCUGAGGGCUGUUAUUUCUCGAAACCAAGAAGGACCUGGAGAGAUGGGAAAGGCUGUGCUCAUCCCAAAGGAUAACCAGGAGAAGAUGAAAGAGCUCUUUAAAAUCAACCAGUUUAACCUUAUGGCCAGUGACUUGAUUGCCCUGAACAGAAGUUUGCCUGACGUGAGACUGGACGGGUGCAAGACCAAAGUGUACCCCGACGAGCUGCCCAACACCAGCGUGGUGAUCGUGUUCCACAACGAGGCGUGGAGCACGCUGCUGCGGACGGUGUACAGCGUCAUCAACCGCUCCCCGCGCCGCCUGCUCGCCGAGAUCGUCCUGGUGGACGACGCCAGCGAGAGAGAGUUUUUGAAGGCCUCGCUAGAGAAUUACGUGAGGAGCCUGGAGGUGUCGAUCCGGAUCAUCCGCAUGGAGCAGCGGUCGGGGCUGAUCCGCGCGCGGCUGCGCGGGGCGGCCGCCUCCACGGGGCAGGUCAUCACCUUCCUGGACGCGCACUGCGAGUGCACCCGGGGCUGGCUCGAGCCCCUGCUCGCCCGCAUCAAGGAGGACAGGAAAACUGUUGUCUGCCCAAUCAUCGACGUGAUCAGCGAUGACACGUUUGAAUACAUGGCAGGAUCAGAUAUGACCUACGGAGGGUUUAACUGGAAGCUCAACUUUCGCUGGUAUCCCGUUCCCCAGAGAGAGAUGGACAGGAGGAAAGGAGACAGGACCUUGCCUGUGAGGACCCCUACUAUGGCUGGUGGCCUAUUUUCUAUUGACAGAAACUACUUUGAAGAGAUAGGAACUUACGAUGCAGGAAUGGAUAUCUGGGGUGGCGAGAAUCUUGAAAUGUCUUUUAGGAUCUGGCAGUGUGGGGGCUCCCUGGAGAUCGUCACCUGCUCACACGUUGGCCACGUUUUCCGGAAGGCAACGCCUUACACCUUCCCUGGGGGCACCGGGCACGUCAUCAACAAGAACAACAGGAGACUGGCAGAGGUCUGGAUGGAUGAGUUUAAGGACUUCUUCUAUAUCAUAUCUCCAGGUGUGGUGAAGGUGGAUUACGGCGACGUGUCCGUCAGGAAGGCGCUGCGGGAGAGCCUGAAGUGUAAACCCUUCUCGUGGUACCUGGAGAACAUCUACCCCGACUCCCAGAUCCCGCGCCGCUACUUCUCCCUCGGAGAGAUCAGGAACGUUGAGACCAACCAGUGUUUAGACAACAUGGGCCGCAAGGAGAACGAGAAAGUGGGCAUUUUCAACUGCCAUGGCAUGGGAGGAAAUCAGGUGUUCUCUUACACUGCUGACAAAGAGAUCCGCACAGACGACCUGUGCCUGGAUGUGUCGCGGCUCAACGGCCCCAUCAUCAUGCUCAAGUGCCACCACAUGAGAGGGAACCAGCUCUGGGAGUACGAUGCUGAGAAGCUCACCCUGAGGCACGUCAACAGCAACCAGUGUCUGGACGAGCCGUCAGAGGAGGACAAGAUGGUCCCCAGCAUGCGGGACUGCGGCGGGAGCCGCUCCCAGCAGUGGCUGCUGCGCAACAUGACGCUGGCGGCCUGACUCCAGCACAGACCUGCUGCCUCCCAGCGCCUCUCCUCCUCCUCCUCCUCCCUGCUCCUUCCUCAGGCCACUGCUGCCGAAGCUGUCUCCAAAACCCAGCCAUCAGGGGAAGUCCUGGGGGGGUUUCCCUGGUGCAGCAGGUCUCCCCGUGCCCCUUGGAACGCUGUGGCUCUUCAGAAGCAGCUCGCCCGAGGCUGGCUGCUGCAGAAGGUGCUGUUAUCGACACAAAGGUCCUCAAAAGUGGUUCCAGAGAAACCUCUAUGAACCCCUGUGGCACAGAGGGUGUUUUCUGUGUGUCUCACACCACUGCAGGCAAGUGACCCGAUAUGAAAUGCCUUAUGCCACUGGCUGGCACUGGGAACCGUGCUGGCAGCUGGCUCCUGAGCUGGACGUGUUGGGGCUUCCUUGACAGCACAGGGGGACGUUUGCUGUUCUCUCACACCAAGAGGGACUCAGUGAAGUCACCAGACAGAGCAGAAGCCUCGUGCUUUGUGCCAGGAAAAAAGGAUUGUGUUCCAAUGUACAGAAAAGCAGCAAAACUGGCAAAGGCUGUGCUCAGAAAUGGGGAUGAACUGAGGCAACAGCAAAGGGCACAGGAGCAACGUGAAGGAGGAGUGACACACGUGGGUAACUCAAACCAGAGCAGACAGAAACAGCUGGGGCUGACUCCUGGGGAACUGCAAGGGGGGUUGCAGGUGAAGGUACCAAAACCAGAGACCACUGGAGAAUGAGGGUUGGCCUCACCUCAAUCCCCAGCUGACUCAGUACAUACCUGCAUCCUCCACACAGCUUCAUCUGUGGAUGCUCUGUGUGCAGAGGGUGAGGCUGGAUCUGAGCGCUGGCUCCGGGCUGUUCUUGCUCCUGUAGUGACAACAGAUGCUUGUUUAUACUUGUAAUGAUUCUGUGGCUGGGUGCUUUUGUUGAUGUGGUUACUGAGGAGGUGCUGUGCCAGCUCUGGGGAAGGACCCUCCACACACAGGUGACCCCAGCAGCACACCCUCCCCAAUAUGCACCAUCUCUUGCACGCUGGGCUGGGUUUGGGCAGUAGUCUGCAACUCCCCGUUGCCUCAGAGGGUUCAGAGAGGCUCAAAUCCCAGGGCAGGAGCCACAGCAUGGGUAAGGGGUGAAAUGGUUUCCCUUUCUUUCACUCCCAGUUCCUCAAAGGGUCUGUUAAUGCACUGGGUCAUUGAAAAGUGCAGCAUUUUCUGUAUAAUGCUCUGGUUGUUAUGGAUUAAUAGUGUCAUAUAUGUACCUAUUAUAAAUUUAUAGGUCAUCCAUAUUUUCUUGAUACACAUCAUUAAAUGAGAACUUAGAAGAGUGUUAAAUUGGCAAAGUGGUUGCUGUGUGUGCACAGGAGCCAGAGGAUCACGGAUUAACACAGGCUGGGAGCUCGCCUGGCCCAGCCUCCCUGCUCAGAGCAGGGUCAAGCACUGCCUUCUGAUCUCCAGAUUGACACCAAAUGACACAGGAGCCAGCAAAGCAGGAGAAGGCUGCAGUUCUGCUUCAUGGAAAGAGCAUGCAAACAUCCCAGAGGAACUGAAAUACUGAUCUCCACACAGAAGAAACCCCCAUAGUGAGUUCUUUCUUCAUCUCUUUUCCAAGGGCUUUUGCCACAUGAACAGCCACUCGUGCUGGGGGGUCACGGAUCCAGGCACUCGGCUUCUCCAGAGGGAAAUGUGGAAGGUCCUGCAGCACCCAGGAGCAUUAGAGGGCAGCUGGAGGUGCCAUCUCUUCUGGAUGCUCCUGUGUGUCACCCAGCAGCCCUGGCUGCCAAGGUGAAGGCUGCCCAGUCUCCUGCACCGCCCCGUGCACAGCACGAGGGUUUCUUGGUGGUGUAGCUGGAGGGUGAUGGCAGGGUGCAGCUGCCUGGGCUGGAGCUGCAGGCUCAAAGAUAAAGAAUGGUUUUCUCCUUAGAAUUACUGUAAAGGCUAAUAUUCUUGUGAAUAUUAAUCAACAUGGACUAAGGGAGCAGCUUGCAGUGUUUGGCUGUGGUCAGUGCCUGCACUGCUCUGUCCCUGCUGGGGCAAAAAAGAGAAGGGAAAUGCCUCUGGCUUGGAUUUCACUUACUUAGGAGCAAGUACACACGUGUCUGAGGGCCAGAGCAGAGGUGUAGCUGUGGGUCUGCAUGCCAGAGGAUGGCCUGACAUCUAGAGAUCAGGCUCAGGCCAAGAAGAACCUGCUCAACUCCAGUCACAGUGAGUAUUUCCAUGGGCUUUGAGGGGCUGGCUCCUGGGUUUGCCCCCUGGGUAAGGAUGCUGAGCCCCCUGCCACUCCUUGCAGAGGAAUGCCACCAGAGCUGCGUUCACAGAGCCCGAGGUGGUGAUGGAGAAGGUGCCUUCAGCACUCAUGUGGCAUCAGAGGUGGUAAACCAUGGGGUUCAAGGGAAUGGAUGUACGUUCCUGUGCCUGGGCUCCAGCCCUUGCUCCUGCCACUGGCUUCUGGUGUUGCCUUGGCAAGUGAUUUGGGCCACAGGCAAUUCAAGCAGCUCGUUUGGCUGAGUGUCUGAAGUUCAGUUGCCUGUGAACAGACCAGAGCCGAGAAACAUCAGUCUCUCUUCUUUUCCCCACGUGUAAAAUGUCUCAGAAAGGUGUCCUGAGUCUUCACUUCUCUUUGCACAACGUGUUUAAAGCAUGGAGAAGCCUACAAAUGCUGGAUUUGUAUUGUUUUCACUGGAAAAGCUUUGCUGGUUCUCAUGUAUUCCCAGCCUGGCUUUGGUGAAGUGAGAGGAAGCUGUGAUGCUGUCUGGCAUCUGCACAGGGAGCGUUUGGGAGAGUAAGGGGAACCCUGAAGCCUGUAAAAAGCCUCUCUCAUCUCCUGGCUUCUUCCUGUGAUCCACAGAGGUGGGGGAACCCAGGUACAGCCCCAGAACUUGAAGCAGGGCUUUGGAUCAGUCGACCUCAGUGGGAUUCUCUGCUGAUGUGUGUUUCCCAGGUGCUGAUUGGUUGCACUCUAAUCUGAAAAGCUGCAGAAUUCUGUCUUCUAGGUUGAAAGCAGAGAUUUCAUCAUCUGAUGCCACAGCUUUAGGUUGAGUCACCUGUGGGGGUGCUGGGCAGAGCCUCACAAGAGGCGAUUCUCAGGAGGUCAGAGCUGUUAAACAGGCUGGAACAGUCUGGGGAGGUAAAAGGAAGUUGGGACAGUUUGGGGAGACAAAAAGGAGCUGGGACAAUUUGGGGAGAUGGAAAGGAGCUGGAGCAAUUUGGGGAGAGAAAAAGGAGUUGGGACAAUUUGGGGAGGUGGAAAGGAGCUGGAGCAAUUUGGGGAGAGAAAAAGGAGCUGGGACAAUUUGGGGAGGUGGAAAGGAGCUGGGACAGUUUGGGGAGAUGGACAGGAGUUGGGACAAUCUGGGGAGAUGGAAAGGAGCUGGGACAGUUUGGGGAGAUGGACAGGAGUUGGGACAAUCUGAGGAGAUGGAAAGGAGCUGGGCAGUGCUGGUGAAAGCCACAGCCUGCCUGUGAUCCUUUGUAUUAUUUCUGGGGAGCUGCUGCCCUGCCCAUGGCUAAUGCAGCUGGUGAGACUACAGCACAGAUAACCUGCUGCUAACUGUGAGCUCCUGCCUGCCCCUCAGCAUUGGGUGAUCACCAGCUGUGUGUUUGAAGGCUUCUGUGGCUCCCCAUGCCACCAACACUCAGCCACAGCCGCUGCUCCCGUAGUGGCAGAUCAACCCCUGGUUUGGUUUAUGUGGUCACUUGUUCCCUGCAGGCAGGUGCUGAGGGCAGCUCAGGAAGCUGAAAAGGCCACAGUUCUCUGAGAUAACACAGAGCUUGUGUGAGAAGUGCUGGAGCUCUGCUUUCUGAAGCAGGCAGGGGAAAGGUGCUGGUGGCUCAGAGGCUGCACUUGCAAAGGCUCCAAGGAGCACAAGGUUUAAGUCACAGGUACACAAGUAGUUUGUGGGUAAAGGCUGCCAGGCUGUAGGCGUGGUGAUGGUUAUGGAAUGGUGUGGUGAUGGUUAUGGAAUGGUGUGC